CAGUAUGACAUGCAGAUGAGUGCCGUCGAUCUUAGAAUCACCGCACACUUCACUCAUUUGGGCAGUCACGGGGCCAAAACCAGAGUGUGGAGCCACAGUGUGGCGGUGGAGGCAGCAGCAAUGGGAGGCCAUACAGCACCCUAUGACAAAAUGGAACCCACCAGCAGUGUGAGGAGACCUGAAAGUGGCACAUGGCAGAGUGUGUGGCGAUGGAGACAGCAGCAAUGGGAGGCCGUUCAGGGACCCAUGACACACUCUGGACCUGGCAGCAGCAUGAGGAGGCGGUACAGGGGCCCAUGACAGAUUACGGGCCUGGCAGCAGCAUGAGGGGUCGGCCAUACAGAGGCCUAUGUUAAAAAGUCCCCCCAGCAGCAGUGUGGGGAGAC